AUGAAAGUGAGCGAAAUUACAGCCAGCGGGGAGGGCAAAACACCUCUACCUACUGCUGAUACAGCUGUUAAAGCUGUAAAGGCCGGUCGCACAAACGAUGUCGACAUUGCGGCGCAGAUUUUAUCGAACUAUGCAGACGAGAUGGAUGGGGAUAGUUGGACGAUUGAGGAAGAGAAGAAACUGAUCCGAAGAAUUGAUUGGCGCUUAAUCCCUGUGGUGACAGUCAGAAGCAUUAUACCUGCAAGAAUUAACAAGCUGAUCAAUUUUUCAAAGCUUUUCGUGUGUGCUACUCUUUCGGGGCUGGAUAAGACUGCCAUCGCAGCUGCGGCAAUCUAUAAUAUCAAGACCGACCUUCAUUUGAGUGGUAGUCAGUAUUCAUGGAUUGGCUCUGCGCCAUUCUUUGGCGGCCUGGCAUUCAUGGGGCCAUCUGCGUAUCUCUUACAGAAAGUUCCUGCAGUCACACAUUUUUCGUUGAACGUAUUUUGCUGGGGCGUACUCGAAAUGUGCAUGGCAGCAUGCACCAGCUUCGGAGGCCUUUUCGCAUGUCGGUUUCUACUGGGUGGAUGUGAGUCUCUUUUGAUUCCAGCCGUGACUUUGGUUGUGUCAAUGUGGUAUCGACCAGAGGAACAACCGAAAAGGAACAGUGGAUUUUCUACUGGCGGGUCACUAACUCAGAAAAGCAUAAUAUUGAAUGUGGUUGCCCCUAUACUCAAUCCCUUCAUUGCUUGGGUGGUUGGCUACUAUCACGGUCCGUUCGAAGCAUGGAAGAUCAUCUUCCUUUUGAUCGGUAGAGUUACUAUUGUGUGGGCUCUAGUCGUAUACAUUGUUUUACCAAAUAAUCCUCUUGAGGCGCGAUUCUUAACAAACCGCGAGAAGUACAUUGUGAUCCAGCGGAAGGCAGCCGAUAAUACAGGUAUAGAGUCAAAAGCAUUCAAGAUAGAGCAAGUUUGGGAAGCUUUCACAGAUGUGAAAACUUGGUUGAUCUGGUUUGCCAUUGCUGCGUUGCAGGUACCCAAUGGAGGUCUUACGACUUUUAAUACGCUAAUUAUAUCUGGCCUUGGCUUUGGAGAUUUUGAAACAUCUCUCUUGUCAAUGCCCACUGGAGCUAUGAGCACUAUAUCUGGCAUUGCCCUGUCAUAUCUAGCUGCGACUACCAGAAGAUACCGGGUAGCGAUAGUUGUCAUCUCAAUACUUCUUCCACUAUUAGGCGCUGUCAUUUGUUAUGCAUUGCCCCGGACUGAUCUUGCGGGGCAACUCGUUGGUCUUUAUACAUACUGGGCGCCCUAUGUCACCCUUGUUUCAAUCUAUCAGGCCAAUGUUGCUGGUCAUACCAAGAAAAUAGUUUUGUAUGCAUGGUUUUACAUCGCAUGGACCACUGGAAACAUUAUAGGUCCGCAGACCUUCCGCGCUGAUCAGGCUCCAGAGUAUACAGGUGGAACCAUCGCGAUGAUCGUAUGCUAUAUCGUUGCCAUGAUAUGCAUUGUAAUUUAUGGAAUGGUGUGUCAUCUAGAUAACAAACGGCGCGCUGAGGCUAUUCAAAAUCAGCUAUCUGCUGAUCAGGACUGGCUGGAAUUGACAGAUAAAGAGAACUCUGGGUUUAAGUAUACAACCUAG